AUGCCUUCCUUCACCUCUUCCCUCGGCCUCCUCGCCGCCACCGCCGCCACUGUCUCGGCUGCCGUCCUCCCCCGCGGCGGCUCCGUCUCCGUCACCCCCCACGAGCAAUACUCGUCCUCCAUCGGCGUGCUCGGCUGCCACAUCAACACCAACCGCGUCGCCUACUGGCCCGGCGACGUCGACUGCAACAACAUCUGCGUCCAGCUCACCUACCAGGGCCGCUCGCUCAACGUCCUGAAGAUCGACUCCUCCGGCGGCGCCCACGACAUCUCCUACGACGCCUGGAACACCCUCGUCUUUGGCCAGUCCGCCACCGUCGACCCCCAGCAGGGCGGCGGCGUCAACAUGGACUGGCAGUUUGUCGACGUCAGCCAGUGCGCCGACCUGCUGCACAACGGCAAGCUGCCUCUCAGCGCCGCCAACAGCGUCAACUAUGUGGCCAACUGCCUGAACCAGCCAAGCUCGUUUGCUGCUCAGAACUACGAGUUCAUCAACAUCCUCGAUCCCGUGUGCCACUUUGGUUAUGACGAGGACUGCACCUUCAACCUCUCUGUGAGCAACCAGCCUAGCUGCCCUCACCAGCUCGGUGUCCCCAACACCCCCACUGGAGUGUCUGUCCAGAACAUCCAGUACGGCACUGGAAAAGUCUACACAGCUUAA